AUAUGUGGCAUCAGCAAGAACUCUUUGACAUGCCUGAUGCCGAGCGAGGAGGGCCUGGUGGGGCACCGGCAGGCGCGUCUGGACCAGCCAAACCCAUCCUCCCAUCCGAGGACAUCCGUCAGCUAUGGAAUAACCAAAUGAUCAUCAAAGAUCAGAAGGGCACUCCGCUCAUGUACGAUGCGGCGAUAGAGGACAUGAAGAGCCAUGAAGCGAUUCUUCUGAAGCUGGCCACCAUGUAUAUCAACCAUGGCCGGGCAAGUCGCGAGGGCAGGGAAGACGACGAAGUUUUUGCCAAAGAUUUGGAGGCUGAACGAGCAUAUGGGGAAGCUAUCCGAUUGCGCAUCGCCGAGCGAAAAUGUGACGGAGGUUCUGCAAUUCAUCGAGGGUAGAUACACUUUUCUCAACCCAAAUGCGGAUAGGAUGCAAAUGCUUUUGGAGCUCUACGACCACGAAGUCAAAUUCCAAUUUGCAAAAAUUGAGUUGAUCAAUGCAUAUCUGGAGAUUUAUGAGCACACCAGCGAUCCGAAGAGCAUCAAGGAGAUAGGCCAGCUGAUAACGAACAUCGUUCAUACUCGCCCUGGAUAUGACUUUGAGAGUCCAUAUUUCUCGAGGGCAUACGCAAUGGCAACUCGCACCUUCCGCAUCCAAGCUCAGCUAAUUCUUGACAUGAUCAAAGACGGGGUCGAUCAGCACCGCAGCUGGUACCAGAAAUGCUUUGGGCGUUUGGACCCAACACUGGCACAAAACGAUCUUGACGGAAGCCAAGAGUUGACUGUCAAAGACGAGUGGGAGAACGCCGAGACCGCGAAAGGAUUAAGGAAGCUGGACAGCCCGAUUUCUGCCGGUUUGCCACCGAAAGAGGAUGGUGAAAAACAAACCGUCACAAUGCACCAUGCAUCUGUCAUCCUGGGCAUGACCGAGUUUGUUCCCACACUGGAUGGCAUCAUACAGAUUCACAAGAUUGCGUUCAGUGCAGCGUCAGAGAUGUUUGGGGUUACAGAAGAGUUGUUUCGACAGGGAAGGGCGUCGAACCUUGUGGACAGUAAGAAGAAACCGAUUGCCAAAAUCGACAGACAAGCGGUGGAAUGUGCUGUAUGGAAGGGAUUCCACAACAUGUGGCAGGCCCUCUAUGACCACAGUUUCCAUAUACCUCAGCCACGAAACCGGCGGCUCAUAGGGCGAAUUGAUGCGGAACUCUGGAUGGAGAACCCGCUGAUGCCCGAUAUCAUUCUGAUGGACCACUAUCAAACUUACGGCAAAACGGAUGCGGAGCCCGAACUGAAACAUAUUGCUGCCCGCACUCCAUUUACAGAUCCGGUAUUCAAGCCGAAGGCAGCACAUAUCUGCCAGCGCCUGAUCAAGCUAGUGGUACUGAAGGAUAGGCUCUAUUAUUCAUGGCGCAGUACCGAGAACUGGCGGAGAAUCUACGAAGGGCAGUUUCCGCAGCUUAAUGUCAACAAAGAUGCGUUUACGGGCAGAUUGAACUCGUUAAAGUUCGAUUUCCCGGAUGUGGCAGAUAAUACCGCCGUGGAAGAAGAUUAUGAGGAGGAGACCACGGACGGUGGCCCAGAUGAUGCGCAACAGGUGGCGGCAGAGUCGGACGAUGAACGAGACCCUGCAGUGCAAUUCGGGCAUUCUUACCUGCGCUUUGGCCCGCUAGCUGUUGCCGAGCUUGACGAGCAUCUGGCUUCAGCGAUUUCACUGCCGACUCCUUCGGCCCCAUUUGACCUAUCGACUGUUUCCGGUAUCAAUACCAGCUUGCGGCCAGAGCCUAUGCGGCAGAUGGCUUUCAGUUUGAAGAUUCAGACUGUAGAGAAGUUUUGGCAUAUGGCAGCCGUUGAACUGCAUCACUUGCUGCUAUCGGAAGUGCACGCCAAGCUGCUCAUCGAGGGCACUCCUGCAAAGAUUGAAAAAGCGAAAGGUUGGGAGCGGCGAAGCCCUCAACGCCAUGGCGAAACGCCGACAACACAAAAAACGCUCGAUGUGGACUAUCGCCUUCUCAUUACCGCCAUCGUGCCAAAAAAGAAAGCGUUACGCAAAAUGAUGCUCACGGAGUACAAUAAAGGGUUCCGAACCAGCGGAAACAUGACCGAAGAAGAACGUGAUCAAGUCUCGACAACAUACAAAUACAAUCUGUACGAAUGGUACUACAAUAACAUGCUGGAGAUCACACUCGAGGAGUGUGAGAGAGCAGAAUACGCGAAAAUCAUGAUUGACUUCCGCAAUACGGUCCAAAAGACUUCCUAUGGACGUCUCCUGUUUCGGUCGACGAAAGUUGCGCGCCACUUCGAUUAUUUCUCGAAUCAGGAUAAGCCAUCCGGGGCAGAGGCGGAAUUGGAUCCUUCGCAGCUCAGUAUGGAUGGCGUGGCCACUCAGGAAAUCAUUCAGACGGAUCUCGUUACAACCGAGAAAAUCUCCAAACUAUGGUUUCUUCCCUCAGUAACCGAAAUCGUCAUGACCUCAAACUCGAGCGAAAAGUCCCCAAAAGGGCCGUUUGAUCUGUCUCAGAGGGUCUAUCGCAAUAUCGGCACAUUUAGGAAAGCUCUCAGCAUCCAGUCUAUGCUGUUGGACAUCUUCUUGUUCGUCAAGUCAUAUGCACAUUUGCUGCAAGACAACAGACGUUAUGUUGUCCAAGUGCGCCAAGUUCGUGAGGCCGAUUACGUCGUGAACACCAUUGGCGCCAUCAAGAAGGAUAUGUCUUACCAAGGACAACAAGCAGACUUUGUGCGAGUGGAACAGUAUUUGGCAGCGAAAUGGAAGCUUUGGAUCUUGAAGUUGAAAUUGGCACUUGGCUGCUCCAUGUAUACUCUGGGAAUGACAGUCAAGCCAUACGCAUAUAUGCGACUGCUGUCUUAUCAGGAAAACCUGGCGAAAGAAGAAAUACCGGACUCCAUACCUCUCUUCCAGCAACUUACGACAGUCAGAAGGAUCUGUUUCACGCCGCGCAUAACGCCUUAUCCCAGUCCACACAUCUUUGGGGGUACAGGGCUCAAAACUGAUGCCAAGCGGUUAUGCGAUAAGAAAAUCCUAGAGCUGGAAGAAUGCUUGGAUGAAUUUCUGCAAGCCACGAUGCUGAACUUCGGUGAAAAUGCAGACGAAGUGAACCGUCUCCAGAGCGAUUUCUUGCUUACGGGCCUCAAGCUGUUGGCGCUGCGUCGCAAGUUCUUAGCGGGCAUUGUACCCAGUGGCAUAAUCCAUACUCGCGAGCAGUUGCAGGAGUUCUUUCGCCUGUACAAGAUGAAAGUCAUGGUACCGGCCAUACGUCUUUAUCACAAAAUGGGAGCGAAGGGAAAUGCCAGCAUACCGAUGUUGCUGAGGGACGAGAUGGUAACUGCUACUGUGGACUUUGACUUCAACCGAAUCGCCCAAGCGCUCUUCGAUCGCUGUCAGGUUGCAGUCCUACAAACCGAGCUUCAGCGCGAAUACACAUUCAAGCUUAUUCGUCAAACUCGAAUCUUUUAUGAUCGAUUGGCGGACGAGCGCACCGGCCGCCUGUUCAGGGUCUACGAUAGCUUGGAUAUUCCGUCGUCCACAGCUAACAAGGCCUUUGCAUUCCGGAUGACUGAGGAUGAUUAUGCUGUUAAGACCGCAAUGAUUCACGAUUUCGUCAAGGACCUCUGGCGAGCGAAUUCAGCUUUGCUGAAGGAGAUCCAGGAACCAGAAAAGAACAUGCCCGCCAAUAAGCAGCCAAAGGUUGUUAGUGGCCCCAAUCCGCUCUUAGAGCACGGAAGAGUCUUUACGUGUACCAGAGAUAUGCUUGGUCAAGCGAUCACCAAGCUAGCUCGACAAAUGAGCAAAUGGCAGGAGAAACGGCGAGGGGAGCAAGAACACUUCAUGGGCACAUUGAUGGGCCGAAUGAUGGAGAUGGCCAAAACAGGGGAGAAGCUUGUUAAGCACUUGGUGCAGGAGAAGAAGGAAUGGAUGGAGACGUACAAGAGAGAUGUCAGAGUCUCCGCAUUCCAGCUCAGCAGCGAACUUCACACGGAACUAGCGUCCACAUCCGUUGAGUUGGCCGAUUUGCGGAAACAACGACGAACGGAUGAGAGACGAAUCCGAUAUCGGAUUCUAGACGAGUAUGAUGAUCUCGUACAAGAGCUGGUCAUGGAAAUCAACGUGCUUAGAAACCGCUUCUCGGAAUAUCGCGUAAACACAUUCCAGGAAGUGAUGAGCAUCAUGAGCGAAGCGAAGAAGGACGAGCUUCACGUGCUCAUUGAUAAUCAGGAGAUGCCGGCGAACAUGAAGGACAGUGCCAAGUGGAUGAUCCGACAUGAGGAGGAGGCCCAGGCUUUGAGACAAGAAAACCACGAGUUGAAAAUGACCCUGCUGAAAGUACGCUCGAUGUUUAUCAUCAAGGAGCAAGCCUUGCGCUCCAUGUACGAGAAAAAGACGCGCAAACUAGCUGAGGGGAGCAAGUCCGCGGAAGAGAAGCUGUGGGAUAGCUAUCGAGAAGCGGAAGUACGCGAAAGUACGCUGAGGAGGCAGCUUGCCAAGGCUCAAAAGACCUUGAGCAGCAAAGAAGCGGAGUGCGACACGCUUCAACGGCACCUCCGCGAGGAGCAACAGAGAGUUCGGCAAUUGACACCAAUCACGAGUAGCAAAGAUCGGGCUGUUUCCGCUGGUGCCGGUGGCCGCCGAUACGCUGCUGUCGGUGGUGAUAACGAUCUGAACAAGAUUGCGGAGCUUCAAGACAGACUUAGCAGAUACGAGGCGCUCAAGAUUGACCUCAUCCUCAACGAACUACAAGAGAAGACCAAGCUGGUGGAGCAAAUGGUGGACGAAAAGCGGAAGAAAGGCGGUGUGGGCCAAACCGGGCGAGCAGGCGGGAUGGCCGGUGACAGGAGCAGCGGAGGCCAUCCAUCUGACCACCGUCGAAGAGCUGUAUCGGCUCGAUUAGCCAGACCACCAAUGGUCAUUAAAGCUAUAGCACCGCGACGGAAGGGUCUGGGACCUUACAGUGAAUAUCGGGAGUGGACUGCAGAGGAUGAGUCGCUCUCAGGACCCGGACAAAAGAUCGAGAAAGCCGUGAACGAUCACAUGGUCGAGAAAAUGAACAACCUAGCCCUCCAGAACAAGAUUUUACGCCAAGUACUUGAACAGUGCAACAUACCCGUACCGUCAGAGGCUGGUGAUUUUAUGGAAGAGUCGCCUCUCAAGCGAGGCACAUCGGAAUCGAGAAAAAGCGUCAUGUGGGUGGAUCAACAACAGCCCAGCACCUCGGACGAUCUGAACUCCGAAGACGAAAACGAUGACGAACCCGAUGGCAAUGGAGACCUACCAAGUACACCGAAAGCAAGGCCGGCGCAAAGCGCACCACCAGGGGGUCGAUUGCGCGCAGCCCAACUCCGAUCGAAACCCCUGGGAAGUGCUGCAUCAGCAGGCGAUGUAAAGCGCCCACCACGACUACCACGUCCAAAUUCAUUUGGUCUGGAGCCGGGACCAGUCGUCGGAUCGGAAGGCCGCUUAUCCGGUGCCCGUGAGUCGGCGACACCUGGAUCAUCCACGACCUCUCUCGGGCCCGAAGAGAUGCAAAAGAGCGUGCAACCGGGCUCCACGAGAAGCAUCAGAGCAGCUUCAGCAGUGUCGCUCACCGGGUCUACCGUGUCCGUGCGACAGUCUUCUUCUCUUUUGCACUCAAGACCAACGUCAGCAUCGGAUUACAGAAUAUCAGAUGCAUUGCGUACUGGCACACCCCCGCCGUUACUACCUCAGUCUCGCACAUCUAGUGCCCGUCGGGACUCGGUGGGUUCACUCCAUGCUUCGGGAUCCGAAGCUCGGUUUUCGCUACCUUCAUCACCACGUCCGAUGACUCCGCGAAUUUGAACAAGUUUCAUUUCUCCUCACACACCUUCGAUUUGUAAAUCGAGAUCUGUCUCGGACGCCCAAUAUAUGGGUUUAUUUAGCUCUUAUACAUAUACGAAUCCAACGGAGUAAGCACAGUAUGGGCCUAUGGUCUCGGUGGGCGGAAUUGAACCCUUUUGCACCUCUUCGCGUGACGUACAGUCAACGGACAUAAACCUGUGCACCCCCUCUAAUUGAAAUCAAAGUCGGUCACUCACGUGAAUUUGGCGUUGCGGCAGUCGCU